AUGCUGAAUUCUUAUUGUCGUUUAUGUGCUGAAAUUCGCCAGAAAUCAGAAUUAGUUGAAAUACAAAAUAAUGUUGCAUCCAACCUAAAUAUCGAAUUUAAAAUAUAUCAAUGUUUUCAAUUACAAAUUGAAAAUGAUGGCAAAUUGCCGAAAAGUAUUUGUACAGAAUGUUUUAAACAAGUAAUUACAAUCUAUGAUUAUCAUGAAAAAGUUCUUCGUGCUCAGCAAACAUUAUAUUCAAUUUUGGCCGAAUUUGAAAAUGAUUUAGAUGUUAAGCUAGAACCAAUCGGUCAUGAAUUUACUGAUGAAACGGUGUCUAUUACAGAUUUAGAUAAUAAGUCCACAGUUGAUACGACCGAUUUUGGCCAUAGUAUAUUUGAUGAUAAUACAAUUGAUAUUAAUAGUGGAAGUGAAGAUGAAUCAGAGGAUGAUAUACCACUAAAUGAACGCAAGUUACGAGAUCAACAAAACAAAACUUCUGCUGAUAACAAUAUUGCCGAUGAAACAAAAUGCGAUCCUGAAAAGACAGCAAAUGCACGUAUCCGCAAACUUUUAGAAAUUUUAAAAGAAUGGAAAACUUAUAAAAAAUGGUUUUGUAUAAAAUGUGACAAUAAAAUAGAAGUAGGUACAAUAAAAGAUUUGAAAAAUCAUUGGUUUGAUGUUCAUAAAGCACCCCCAAAAUAUCAGUGUAUUGUGUGUGACAAAGUGUACGAGAAAUUCGAUUUAUUUAGGAAACAUAUUAACGCCCAUCGAGAUAAACAUAAAUACAAAUGUGAUGUCUGUGGGAAAUAUUCAUAUAAACGAGCUCACCAUGACCGUCACAUAGAAACACAUUUAAAAGUUCGUAAAUAUAUGUGUUCAACAUGUGGUAAAAGUUUUAAGACGCAUGGCAGUUUAUAUUCACAUAGUCGAAUGCAUUUACCAGAUGAAUUAAGAAAUAAAUUUCAAUGUGAAGUGUGUCAUAAAAGUUUUAAUUCUUCGUCAAAUUUAACUUCACACAGAAAGAUACAUGCAGGAAUCAAAGAAUAUGCUUGUGAUCAAUGUGGCAAAAUGUUUACACAAAAAAUAAAUUUAGAUCAACAUUGUACGAGUGUCCACUCAGACGAAACUCCAUUCCAUUGUUCGUUGUGCCCUAAAGCAUUUAAAACAAUAUAUCGAUUAAAAAGUCAUCAAACAUUACAUUCGAAUGUUAAACCAUUUAAAUGUGAGACUUGCGGUAAAGCAUUCAGAGAGAAAGGCAUGAUGAAAGCACAUGAAAAAAUACACACAACUGAAUUACCAUUUGAAUGUGAAUAUUGUAAAAAAUGUUUUAAGUUAAAAUCAUUUUUAAAGAUACAUUUACGUCAGCAUACGGGUGAACGUCCAUACUCCUGCCAAGAGUGUAAUCACCAUUUUACAAAUUGGUCUAAUUAUAAUAAACAUAUGAAAGGUCGACAUGGUAUUAAUGUCAAAUCAAAAACAACACAAUUUUUACAACAACAACGAUUACAAUUAAUGAAACAAGAAGAGCUUAUACAAAUGCAACAAGAACAAGAACAACAACAAAUGAGUAAUGAAUCAUCUGAUAAUAAUCAUCAUACAUUAAACAAUAUUAAUAAUACAAUUUUACCAAUUCCACAACAACUAUUCCAUUCAGAUCUUUAGUUUAUACAUGCAUAUUAAGGUAGCGAAAGUUCACUAGUUUAAUCAGAGUUCUUUAACGAAGAGUAGAGAAGUGUUUCUAGAAAUUUGGUCUAUGUAGAACAAUCUAAAGCUAUCGUAGAAUUACUCUACGUAAAAACCUUCUUAUUGAUUCAUAUAAGGACUUGGUGACAUUGACACAAAAUUGUAAACGAUUAGAUAGUUAGAGUAUGGCGAUCCAAAAAGUGAGUUUACUACUAGUUGAUUUAUGGACUAGACAAGUUAAUGAUUCCUCUUCAAUCACCAUGACAGUGCCUUCAUUGUACCAUCUAAAAGCUUCUGUAGUCGCGAAUAUCUUAAGAUACGUGGUUCGUCGAACGCGUUCAAAUAUUACAUUUUAAGGUUCUUUUUUUAAAUAAAUCGUAUAUUCCAGUUUAAACCAGAAUAAAUUUUAAAAUAACGAGUGAUAUCAAAGUCGUAUCUGCUACUGAAAAGGAAGCGAGGGCUGCUGGUUAUAUAGUAACUAAGUAUAUUUUAAGAUUCAUGGAUCUGGUUCGUUGGUUGCUUUCAAAUACAUUUUUAGAAGAAAUUUUAAUAAAGGAUUAGUAAGUAAACGUUUUUUACUAUAA